CUGAAGGCCAGGGCUGGCUGGCCUUGGCUUGUAAAGCUUGAAGCUCCUAGGCUGGGGUUGCGAGAGGGGCUCCAGGCCUUCCAGAUAUGUGGACCUGUCUCUGGAGCGGUAGCGCUUCACCACCAUCUCUAUCUUCUGUCUUCUGAGGGAUCCUGAAACCUCUGUCAUGGAAAAGUACCACGUGUUGGAGAUGAUUGGAGAAGGCUCUUUUGGGAGGGUGUACAAGGGUCGGAGAAAAUACAGUGCUCAGGUGGUGGCCCUGAAGUUCAUUCCAAAAUUGGGACGCUCAGAGAAGGAGCUGAGGAAUCUGCAACGAGAGAUUGAAAUAAUGCGGGGUCUGCGACAUCCCAACAUCGUGCAUAUGCUUGACAGCUUUGAGACUGAUAAAGAGGUGGUGGUAGUGACAGACUAUGCUGAGGGAGAGCUCUUUCAGAUCCUGGAAGACGACGGAAAACUUCCAGAAGACCAGGUUCAGGCCAUUGCUGCCCAGUUGGUGUCAGCCCUGUAUUAUCUGCAUUCCCACCGCAUCCUUCAUCGGGACAUGAAGCCUCAGAACAUUCUCCUUGCCAAGGGUGGUGGCAUCAAGCUCUGUGACUUUGGUUUUGCCCGGGCUAUGAGCACCAACACGAUGGUGCUGACAUCCAUCAAAGGCACACCCCUCUACAUGUCUCCAGAGCUGGUGGAAGAGCGACCGUAUGACCACACUGCAGACCUCUGGUCUGUGGGCUGCAUAUUGUAUGAGCUGGCUGUAGGGACCCCUCCCUUCUAUACCACAAGCAUCUUUCAGCUGGUCAACCUCAUUCUCAAGGAUCCUGUGCGUUGGCCCCCCACCUUUAGUCCUUGCUUCAAGAACUUCCUGCAGGGACUGCUCACCAAGGACCCCCAGCAGCGUCUGGCCUGGCCAGACCUUUUACAUCACCCCUUUAUUGCUGGUCGUGUCACCAUAAUAACCGAACCAGCAGACCCAGAUUUGGGUACCCCAUUCACCAGUCGCCUCCCCCCAGAACUUCAGAUCCUAAAGGACCAACAGGUGCAUCAGCUGGCCCCCAAGGGCAAUCGAUCUCGCAUCUUGCGUCAAGCUUAUAAGCGCAUGGCUGCGGAGGCCAAGAAGAAGAAACACCACAACACAGGACCUGCCCUUGAGCAAGAGGACAGGACCAGCAGGGUGGCUGCUGGCACAGCCCCACUGCCCAGGCUAAGGGCUAGUCCUCAGGAACCAGGCCUCUUGGCUGGGAUCAUGGCCUCAGAAAUGAAGAACAGCUGGGCUGAGUGGGGUGCUGGAGAGGCCCCCCCAGCACCUCGAGAAAACCGGAUCACCCAGGAUUGUGAACAAGCAUUCCCAGAGACGAGGCCAGAGGUGGCGGGCCAGGGGACCACUGAGGCAGUGGACCUAGAAAAAGAGGAGCCAGACAGUGACAAUGACGGCAGCGAUGAGUGGCAACACCUGCUAGCGACCACCGAGCCUGUGCCCAUCCAGCUGAAAGCCCCUCUUACCCUGCUGUGCAAUCCUGACUUCUGCCAGCGCAUCCAGAGUCAGCUGCAUGAGGCUGGAGCACAGAUCCUGAAAGGCAUGCUGGAGGGCGCUUCCCGCAUCCUUCCUGCACUCCAGGUCCUGAGCAGUCUUCUAUCCAGCUGCAGUGACUCUGUUCCCUUAUAUUCCUUCUGCCGCGAGGCAGGACUCCCUGGACUGCUGCUCAGCCUCCUCAGACAUAGCCAGGAGAGCAACAGUAUUCAGCAGCAGCAAUGUUGGUAUGGGACCUUCUUACGGGACCUGAUGGCCGCGAUUCAGGCCUACUUUGCCUGUACCUUCAAUCUGGAGAGGAGUCAGACAAGUGACAGCCUACAGGUAUUUCAGGACGCUGCCAACCUCUUUCUGGACCUGUUGGGGAAACUACUGACCCAGCCAGAUGACUCUGAGCAGACUUGGCGGAGGGAUAGCCUUACGUGCUUUACUGUUCUGUGUGAAGCCAUGGAUGGGAACAGCUCGACCAUCUCCAAAGCCUUCUACUCCAGUCUGUUGACGACACAGCGGGCUGUGUUGGACGGGCUCCUUCAUGGCUUGACAGUUCCACAGCUCCCUUUUCACACACCUCCAGGAGCCCCUCAAGUGAGCCAGCCACUGCGGGAGCAGAGUGAGGAUCUGCUGGGAGCCGUUUCCUCUGCACUGGCAGCCAUGUGCGUUGCUCCUGUGGGGCUGCCUAGCUGCUGGGGAGCCAAGGAGCAGAUCUCUCGUCACUUGGCAAAUCAGCUCACCGAAGACAACAGCCCCCUGAGGUCAUCUCUCAUCUCUGGCCUGCAGCAUCCCAUCCUGUGCCUACACCUUCUCAAGGUUCUCUACUCCUGCUGCCACAUCAGUGAGCCCCUGUGCCAUCUUCUAGGGCGAGAGCCCCUGGUCUUAGAGUCACUGUCCAUGGUGGUCCAGGGCAAGGUAAAGGUAGUGGAUUGGGAAGAGUCUACUGAAGUGACACUCUGUCUCCUCUCCCUUCUUGUCCUUCGGCUCCAAGAUCUACCUCCUGGAGUGGAGAAGCUAGGCAGUGAGAUUGCUGCUGUCUUUACCCAUUCACACGUCGUCUCUCUUGUGAGUGCAGCAGCCUGUCUCCUGGGACAGCUUGGUCAGCAAGGGGUGACCUUUGACCUCCAGCCUGCGGAGUGGAUCGCUGCAGCCACACAUGCCCUGUCUGCCCCUGCGGAGGUCCGGCUGACUCCACCAGGUGGCUGUGGAUUCUACGAUGGUCUCCUUAUCCUUCUGCUACAGCUCCUCACCCAGCAGGAGAAGGGUAGCCUGAUAAGCGACGUGACUAGCUCCGAAAUGUGGACUGCUCUGUGGCACCGCUUCUCCAUGGCUCUGAGGCUCCCCGAGGAGGUGUCCACACAGGAAGAGGAGCUGCUGCUGUCCAGUCCACAAAGCCCAGAGCCAGACUGGACACUGAUCUCACCUCAAGGUGUGGCAGCCCUGCUGAACCUGGCGGUGGCCACCUUCAUUCAAGAGCCCCAGAUAUGCCUGAACCACCUGUCUCAGCGUGGAAGUAUCCUCAUGUCCACCCUGAAGCACCUGCUUUGCCCCAGCUUCCUGCAUCAGCUGGGCCAGGCGCCGCACGGCUCUGAGUUUCUCCCCGACGUGGUGCUCUCUGUCUGCCAGAUCCUCUGCUUCCCCUUCGCCCUGGAUGUGGAUGCUGACCUCCUUGUAGGGGUCUUGGCUGACCUCAGGGACUCAGAAGUCGCAGCCCACCUGCUGCAGGUCUGCUGCCAUCAUCUUCCGCUGCCACAGGUCGAACUGCCCAUCAGUCUCCUCACACGCCUGGCCCUCACAGAUCCCGCUUCACUCAACAAGUUUGUGAACGCCAUGUCUGCCUCCCCUAGCACCGUCAUCUUGUUUCUCUCAGUUGCCCUCCUGGGUAACCAGCCGCUGCUGACCUCUGACCUUCUCUCCCUGCUGGCCCACACAGCCCGGGUUCUGUCUCCCAGCCACUUGUUCUUUAUCCAAGAACUCCUGGCUGGCGCCGAUGAGUCCUAUCGGCCCCUGCGCAGCCUCCUGGGCCACCCAGAGAAUUCCGUGCGGGCCCGCACUUACGGGCUCCUGGGACACUUGCUGCAACACAGUAUGGCCCUGCGUGGAGCUCUGCAGAGCCAGGCUGGACUGCUCAACCUUCUGCUGCUGGGGCUUGGGGACAAAGACCCUGCUGUGCGGCGCAGCGCCAGCUUUGCUCUGGGCAAUGCAGCCUACCAGGCUGGUCCCCUGGGGCCUGCCCUGGCAGCCGCGGUGCCCAGUCUGACCCAGCUGCUUGGAGAUCCUCAGGCUGGUAUCCGGCGCAAUGCCGUGUCAGCUCUGGGCAACUUGGGGCCUGAGGGGUUGGGGGAAGAACUGUUACAGUGCCAAGUACCCCAGCGGCUCCUAGAGGUGGCAUGUGGAGACCCCCAGCCAACCGUGAAGCAGGCCGCCCUCAUUGCCCUUCGGAGCCUCCGCCAGGAACCCUGCAUCCAUCAGGUGCUGGUGUCCCUGGGUGCCAGUGAGAAAUUAGCCUUGCUCUCUCUGGGGAAUCAGUUACUGCCACACAGCAGUCCCAGGCCCACCUCUGCCAAACACUGCAGGAAACUCAUUCACCUCCUGAGGCCGACCCACAGCACGUGAUCCCAGAUUCCUGGGGUCCAGCCUCCAGCCUUUUUUGCCCUACUAUUGCCAACUCUUCCUUCUUCUGCUCUACAAGCCACCAACUCAACCGCGAGUUAAAAAGAUGAAAAAAGAGAGAGAAGCUGGCUGCCAACUCCACUGAUUAGAGAACAAGAUACUAGGAGAGAUUUAUGUACAAAGCUCCUUCCUCCCCCCAAAUUCAGGAUGAUUUCAAACAGUAAACUAACUUCAUUGCUAUUGGUGCCAGAGAAGAUUCCUUCCUUCUCUACAUCCAGGGUUUUUUUCUCUGCUACUGUGCCUUUACCCCCAGGAACGUGCUCCUGGAUCUUAGGGAGAUGCUUCCUACCUGAGGAAUCUCUUUCCGGAGCUCCUGUAAUCCUCCUAGCAGUUUCUGGGUUGAGGUACACUGACUGCAGGACACAUGGAGACAGCGCCUGCCUCAGCUCUAGGCGGCGGGGAUAAACGCUCUGUCUGUUGUGGAGGGUUCCCCAGCCUAUAGCCCGCAUUCCAUGAUUGGGAGGGGGUGGGAAGUGUAUCUUUUUCAUUAUGAUUAUUUUUAUAGAUGUUUGUAAACUCUUGUAAUAAAAGGUGUGCCUCACCCUCCUGUGAGCUGCCAGGGAAAGGGGUUGGGAGGUACAGCAACACCUCAGCUGCUGUGUGGUGCUGGAAGCCCUGGUAUCGUAUUCACACAAGACUCUGCUGUGGGAGCUUAUUGAUAUCUCCUCCUUCCUUGAAGCACCACUCCAGAUGAGCAACAUGUGGACUCCUACUUCCAAGCCCAGGCCAGUGGGGCUGAAAUAGGAAAGGGUAGGAUUAAACAGAGAGGUAAAUUAGAUUGCUUUGAGAUCGCGGGCUUAGUGGCUAGAUUUAACAUUUGGUGGCGUUUCAGUGUGUAGGGAACCCCAGCUGCUUUAGUAGGGCAGUUGUGUAUGGAGAUGAUGUAGUUUACCAGAAAGGGAUGUUUGGUAGACCCAUUAGUUAGAAUCGUAACCCGGCUGGAAACAUACUGAGAAGCUUAAACCUCGACUCAUUGGAUGCCUUGUGACAAGCUUCCCAGGGCCCUUAUUUCUCCAUCCAUAAAAUGGGAGACUGCUUUUGUCCUUCCUGAAAUUCCAACUGUUUUAGAAGUGAAAGAUGUUCCUUUU